UCCAAUGUCUUCUCCAUGUUCGAUCAGUCCCAGAUCCAGGAGUUUAAGGAGGCCUUCACCAUCAUGGACCAGAACCGGGACGGCUUCAUUGACAAGGAGGAUCUGAGGGACACCUUUGCUGCCCUGGGCCGCAUCAAUGUGAAGAAUGAGGAGCUGGAGGCCAUGGUGAAGGAGGCCCCUGGGCCCAUCAACUUCACAGUCUUUCUGACCAUGUUUGGGGAGAAGCUGAAGGGCACGGACCCAGAGGAGACCAUUCUCCAUGCCUUCAAGGUGUUCGACACUGAAGGGAAAGGUUUCGUCAAGGCGGAUUUCAUCAAAGAGAAGCUCAUGACCCAGGCAGACCGGUUCAGUGAGGAGGAGAUCAAGCAGAUGUUUGCAGCUUUCCCGCCAGAUGUGUGUGGCAACCUGGACUACAGGAACCUAUGCUAUGUCAUCACGCAUGGUGAAGAGAAAGACUAGAAGGAGAUGGUGGGCCUCCCCCGUAGUCAGAGGCAGAAGUGAGAGGGAGCAAACACUGGGGGUCGGGGCAACCGGUGGGGAGCUCCUAUGACCAGC